AGCAAUCGGGUCACACGGAUAGAAAUUCGGGUUGGGUACAUUUUGCACAGCUCUAUAUAUAAGGAUUAGACGAACGUAUUAAAUUAUCUAAAAAAGAAAAAGAUAUUUGCGUUCAAUUAAUAAAACGGAAUUAUUUCCCCAAUUCAUAUUUGAAUUUCCCCUGCCAGUCCAAAAAGAAUUUUCUAGAUACCCAUUUCAUUUCAUCAUCUUCUCAAACUAUUAAACUUUUUAGAGGGAGAAGUAAGAGGUUUUUAGAGGGAGAAAGUAGAGGUUAUGGAAGGAUUACAAAGAUCAGCAAUUUCGUUUAGAAGGCAAGGAUCCUCCGGUUUAGUAUUUGAUGAUAAGCUGAUAUCAGAAGAGCUGAGUAAAAACAAAUCAGAAAAUCAAAAAGGUGAUUCAGAUCAAUCAGUAAAUCAGGAAGAUAAUCUGAUCUCAGAAUCGAGGGGAAGUAAAUCUGAUGGUGGAAAUAGAAGGGCUUAUCGUAGUGUUAAGGUUGAGCAAGCAGAGGAUCCACCAUCUCCAAGAGUUUCUGGUUGUGGGUUAUGCAGUGUUUUUGGAAAACCUGCUGCUAAAAACCAGAAAAGAAAAACUGGUAAGUCAAAGAAUAAAUAAAAAUUGGUGGAAACACACAAAAAUGAAUAGCCCUUUUUUUUUCUUUUGUAAUUGAUUAUUGAUUUAGCCAUUAAUGUAUGAAUCUUGUAAUUUGAUUUAUAGAAUGUUGCAAACUCUAUUGAACAAAAGCAAGUAUAUUUUGAGCAAAAUAUGUGAAAUUAUACAUUAAAACCCAAUCCAAAAAUUGGGUCUUUUGAAUCGAAGUGUUUAUGGGAUU